AUGCUCAAAAUAUACAAGGAGACCAGGGUCGACACGCGACAAACCGCACCGGCAUCAAUUGUAAACAUCCCAAUCCCAUCCUCCAGCAAUGGUCACGGCAACCCUCAACAGCGACGUACCAAAUUCUCCCUCUUACCGUCGACUUCUAAUACGGCGUACUCAGAUGACACGACGAAGGAUGAAGACACAUUCGUGAAGCGCUAUCUAGCCUCACAGGGUGCAGUUUAUUUCCGCCAGCGGAAAACAUACCCACGCAGCUUCCUCUGGCGAGUCGUAGGCGGCAGCGAUGAUGGCGACGAUAGGUUUCUCGAGAUCAAGUCUGUGGACUUGACAAAAGGUGCUAGCGAGUCGACGACUACGGGAACGGCGACCUCUGCGACGAACAAUAGCAACAGUAACAACCACCCACAUCCACAUCAUGAGGCAAACCUACUGCUACGGCUCGAGUUCCCGGAGAAGAUAGUACCGCACGGCGUUGCGCUGGCGGAUUCGGAGGAUCAUGAAGUUCUGAGUUUGUUCGUUGUCACGAGGGAUAGGCACUUGUACACCAUUAGUCUACGGCAGGAGUUCUUUAGACGGGUCGCAGCGAUUGAUGAGAACGUGCCCGAUUGGUGUAAACUAUCUUAUGAAAGAUCAAAUUGGUCUGCGAUCACCUUCGAUGAGAAGCCAUGGGGCUCCUCGCUGCGUGGACUCGUUAAAUGGAAUGGUCACCAGCAGAUACGCUAUGACGGGCGAGUUUUAGAUCCAAAUACUUCAAAUGCAAUUGCCACAACCUCUGACCAUGCCUUCGUGUUCGUCGUCGGUCUCAAUCAUACAUUAAAGAUUUGGAAUUUGGCAAGCCAUAAGCUGGCUGCAUCGAGGGAUUUAUUAAACCGCCCAGUCCAACAGCAAGAUGCUGCACCUGCAACCCUGAAUCCGUCUGAGUCUGCAUUUAUUCGCGUUUUCAAUGCUGAAAGGGUGAUCGAGGGUGAAACAUAUUAUGCCGUCACUUACUCACCUCUUGACGACGGCCAGUUUAAAUUUUGGGCUGUGAAGGGUGGGUUGGGAUCGCAAUUGGAGGUACAAGAUCUUUUUCCAGACUCCAAAUUGAAACCUGUGGACCCGGACCCUUCAGGCAGUGUGUUUUGGAAUAUUGCAGAUUUUCAAAUAAAGUCCAUGGAAGAAGGAAGACAUAUGGUCCUUUGGGUACUCUGGAGAAACAACAACCUCUAUCAAGUUUACAGCCUGCAUUUUAACCUGGAUGAUUUGGAAUCGGCAUGGCGCCGUAAUUGGACCGGAAUGGCCUUAGAGACAAGCAGUGACGAACCACCCCCGAGUUUCCUGCUAUCUGACAUUGCGGAUCCCGCGGAGAAAUGGCUGGAAUAUCUUUUCUGUCCCGGCAGAUACUCUCGUGAAAUCCUUGCGACAUCUCUUGCUAUUUACCAGGAUGCGAUGAAAAUUAAACCGACACCUAGAAACAACAAAAAAUUCACUCCCCUCCAGCAACAGCUCUACUCGACCAUUUCGGAAUCGGUGACGCUCCGAAAAUUCAGCGAGGCUGGAGUCGACUAUACAAAGUAUCGACGAGAAACAGAUACCAAAUGGCGGCAGUUUUGGCAAAUUGCCGAUGAUCUGAAUAGAAAACGAAACGAGGCGAUCUCGCUAAGUUAUGACGCGUUUACGGAUAUUCCAUGGCUACUCUUUUCUGAUGGAAAUUUGGAUAAGGAGUUGAGAGACUCAGAUCUGGCGGCGGCACUUAUUGCAGCUGCUGCAUCAUUUAGAAAAAAAUUCACUCCAGAGCUCAGUCAUGCCUGCGCAACCGCAUUGAAUGCGGAGCUUUUUACCGAGCCUUCUCUAUCAGCGGCUCAACGGAUUGCUGCGUUUCAUGCACAGAGUAAAUUCGCCGAGCUCAUUACAGACGAUAUGUUUGAUAGCAUGUUUGCGAGUGUUGAGAUAGCCAUCGGGUUUAAAAAGCUCAGCACCGAACUCUUUCUUUCAAUUAUCGAUACGAUGCCCCUUGGAUUCCCAGGGAAGGAUUCUGAACUUCUAUCAACAGAUUUUGGGCGGAUGGUUCUAUAUGACCUUCUACUACUGACCGUUUUCGUCGAGACUGAGUUGACCCAGGAAGAUGGCGUGCUGUUUGAUGGGGUAGACCUGUUUGUGACCCUGAUUGAGAUGCUAAAAGAAUAUGAGAUGAUGAUCUGGUUGGGAUCAAAUGUUCGACCGUGGCAUGGAAAUCCACCCCAUGGCAGGACAAGCAAUGCGAUGUCACCCACAGUUCCCGAAGGGACAGGCGCGGACAAAGGAGAGCCCCGAUUAUCCACCAUUCUUGAAGACCUUUUCGCCUGCCAUAUCAAGCCACGCCCGACAUUCGGCGUUCCUCAAACGUUUACCCUCACCCAACAAAUUCGAGACGUUGUGUCUUGGAUCACAAGACAGGGUGAAGUGUCGUUUCCGAAUGUUUUAGUCUUUAUUCAAUGCGACCUCCUGGCUUCGGGUAACAUUGACCUAGCCUCUGACUUUUUACGCUUCCAGCCUAAUACCGCCUGGUCUACUUACGUCAAGGGAAGACUAUAUGUAGCGAAAUCCGAGUUCGAUUCAGCGACUAUCUAUUUCCAAAAAGCUGCGUAUAUCCUUUCCCACGGAAAGGCAGUUGGGAACCUUCAUGAAAUGUCUUCCAACCUUCUUGAUAUAAUAUCCGUCAACAGCUUUUAUAACGGGUUGCCUAAAUACUUUCAGCACAUUCUUUCACUUUUCGAGCAGGCACGGGCUUUUGCGCAUGUUGCCGAUUUUGCCCGCCUUGCUCUCCAGGCCCUGGAAUCUGACCCAAGGAAAAACGAACCUGACUCUGAUUACAUAUAUCUCCGGACUGACCUUCUUUCCCGUCUGUUCCAUGCAUCUCUAAAGACCUGUCGUUUUGAUGAAGCCUACUCUGCACUCUCACGAUACACAGAUGCUGCAUUGCAGAAGUCCGCUCUCACCGCUUUAAUCACCACUAUUCUAGCUGCUUCAGGGCCAGGUAUUUCUGGCCUCCAAAGGAUUCUUCGAUUUCCGAUAUCGUUGGCGCCAAAUCUGGCCUCCCACGUCGACGAAAUCCUCCUAUCGCUCGCGAAGAAACAAUCUACUCACGGUCGAUCACAAGGACAAGCUCUACCCACAGCAACAUCUUGGCAAGAAAAUUCCGAUAUCCCAGAUUACCAGCGCGUUCUCCAAGCCUACCGGGUGGCGCGCAAUGAUAUCCGUGGCGCAGCAGAAGUGUCCUAUCAAGCCGUCCAGCGCCUACGCGAGAUGAGGGAUCGCGGUUUCUACUCGACACGCGCGUUGAUGAUGCGACGAAACGCGAACGAAGCGGCAGCAACUCAACAUCCGGAAAUUAGUGAGGAAGACUUGGAAAGCAAGAACCUGCGAAAUGAGCUCCUAUCUCUGAUAAACCUUCUUGCAUGUAUGGAUAAGAAUGAAAAUUAUAUCCUAGUCGAGGCUCCUACUCCGCAACACAACGCUCAUCUACGAGGUGGUAGUAUCAUUAAUAAUGCUGCUGCUGCUGCUGCUGCUGGUGGUGGUGAUAAUGAUGGCGAUGAUGAUGAUGUCUCCGCAUUCUUCGAUUCUACCAUGGCGACAAAGUCCCCGCGGACCUCUUUUUCACUGCCGUCCCCCGCGCACGAUGUUAUUUAUUCCCCACGCUCAAGUGUUGGUGCGGGUGAGAGGAAAUUAAGCAUAACGUCAUCGCAGCACUCUACAGGCCAGCAAUCAAAGCUUCCUAAACGUAUCAUCGUGACAUUGGAAGAUCUGCGAAAGGAGUACCAAGCGGAAUUAGACCGGGUGAGCAGGAUUGAGAAUGGCGAUUGGGAAUUUGGUUUUGUUGACAGUGGGGCGCCGGAUAUGCACGAUGAUAGUCUGAAUAAUGUGGAAGCGAUGGAUAUUAUGUGA